GAGCUCACCCACGUGGCUUGUUUUUGUUUUUGAGUUUUGCAACAAAAUCAGAAAAUUGUGUGUUCACCAGUGACCCCUCUCCAGUCUAGUCAUGGCUUACGACUUCUCAUCAGGUACAGGUGAGGAGGAGGUUACUGACGUAAGACUCACAAGACUAGCUCAUUCUCUGGCGCACACAAAUGUGGAGCAAUCGGAUGACUGUUGUUACGACGAUUACUGGGAAGAACCCACACUGCACCUUCAUAUAAACCACGUGGAAGUCAAUGUGGACGAAGAGGAUGGUUGGAUCUCAGACCCUGAGCUGUGUGCACCCGUACAGCUACCUCCUGAAGGCUCCAGGCCCAAAAGUCGUAAAUCGUACAUGGACUUCGAAGAUGAUGUAUGGGUAGACGAAGCCGAGGGAACGUUUCAGACCUAUAAGACCUCCGACCCCUCCAAGGUCACAGAGCUCCUCAGAGAUAUGUUUAAUACCCAUGGAGAUGUGUACUCACUGUUGCUGGCGUUCUUGGAUCGGGCCGGGCGUGUCCGAAUGCAGAAAGACUCGCUCCCUAGAGUGCUCCUCACAGAGUUCAAGACGUGGCUGGGAGAGCACGAAGAGAAGCCCAAGAGUGCAGUGCUGACCUCUCUGCAUCGUAAAGAAGCACUACAGAUCCUCACUAGAUGUCACUCGACACUGAUGGAUGAUAUGACAGACGUCUUUGAUCUCCACGCAGCUGAUAAAACGGCACAACUGGACGUUAUCGACUGUCACCUGGCUGAGCAGAGACUCAAGGAAGCUGUCACCUACACCUGGAAGUUUGGAUUACAGGAGUAUUUUGAUAUGAGUAAUAUACUGCUACCUCUCGUGGCAUUGGACAAGAUCAACCUGAUAGAGGGCUACAUCGAGGAGAGCAAGACACUUCAAGAGGAGUUUGUGUCCUUGUUGGAUGAUCUCUGUGAACCUGGAACCACACAAACCAAGAUCAACAGGUUUGUUUCUUCGUGCUCGCUGAUCCCAAAGGACUCCAUGGACGAGCUCCUCUCCAAGUCUAACUGCAAGCUCAACUUCAAACAGCUGUAUCGUCUUGCUCAUCGCAUGGUCACCAAAUACAACCUGGAUCUUUCCAAGUUCUCCCACAUCCACAGCCGUUGGUCCACUGCGUCACUCCACCACCUCCUCCAGAAGAGAUACAUUGAGGGCGCCAUCACCGAGGGCAACAUCAAUGACCUAUUAGAGAGUGUAGUCGAGGACAACACCGCCCUACAGUUCCAGCUGGUGAAGGAGCUGGUGUAUCACAAUGACAUCGCUGCAGCUGUGUAUUGGGCCGGCAGGUGUGAGCUGCCCGUCCAACAGCUGCCCUUCUCAGUGCAGAUACAGCUGGAGGCGGCACAGAGUUCUUCUGGCAAAAAAAAGAGGCAAAAGAGUCGUACAGUGAAACUAGACGCAACUCAUGACACACGAUUCUUCAAGUUGUCUCUCCCUCUCUCCAAUGUGGUGUUUGUCGACGAAUGGGCGGAGUUUGAGCAAUGCUGGGACGCUAUCAAACAACCGAACACCGUGAUAGGGAUUGAUGCUGAGUGGAAACUGCCGUACUGUAACAGAGGGGUUGAGAGACUGGCUGUCCUCCAGCUGGCUGUGGAGGAGGCGGUGUACCUGCUGGACAUGGUUCACCUACCCAGGGCCGUUGGAGUGGACGCACUCACUCAGUUCAUCAGUUGUCUAUUCCACUCAGAGCAGACACUCAAACUAGGUUAUGGUAUCCGUGGUGACCUGCACAUGCUGUCCAAGUCUUGGCCAUUCACCAGAGCUAUAGUGAGCUCACCAGUCAGAGUACUGGACCUGCAGCAGAUGGAGAAAAUGGUUGAGGAACUGAAGAAGCCCUCUCCCACUCCCUCUCCUUGUACUCACUCUCACCUCAAGACCACACCUACCACACAGUCGCAGCUCCCCUUACAUCCGCUACUGACUCAGAACCGUCUCACCAAGACCAUCUCCCCGCCAAAGGGGGUGUGGUCACGAGACGAGGGGUCAGAGAGGACAGGAGGUCUAGCUCUACUCGUGGAGAAGUGUGUAGGGAAACCAUUGGACAAGUCUCAGCAACUGUCUGACUGGGAGAAACGACCCUUGACCCCUGAGCAGAUAACUUAUGCAGCAUUGGAUGCUCAUUGUCUACUCAGCGUGUACAAGUAUCUGAUGGCCGAAGCUAUGACGUAUGACCUCUCGUUCAACAUACAACCCGCCCUUGUUACAUGAUCAGAUAUCACGGACACAUUCAGCAAUCAAAAACCACUUUGUCACAAUAAUAAAAACUUGUCUAUUCUGUAGCUAUGUAUGCUACACCUACAAUUCGGUGAUUUAUUUAAUUACGAUCCUGAAUAUUUCCUUUUUUUGUAUAAUUAUACAUGUUAUCACAGGUGUGGUUUGAACCAAUAUGAUUAUAACAGGUGUUAAACACAGUUUCUGAUCUAUAAUUUAUGUAAAGGGGUGUUUAACAUGUAUAAUUAUGGCAGGUUCAUGCAAACAUUUGA